AUGCCCGGGCUUGCGGGCCUCUGGAACACCACAGUGGGCCGAGGCCACCACGAGAGGGAAUCGUCCCAACCAGCCACGGCAUGGAUAUUGUCGACCCUGGAUGAGGCAAAGACUUACCUGGUAGGCGAGAUCGUGCAGUCCACAGGCGUCCUGCGGGGGGAGAUUCAGACCCUGGCCACAUGGACGGCCAGAGUGGAACACCGUCUGGAGUUCACCACGGAGGCGCAUAACUUGGUAAUCAACCGACUAAAUUAUCUGAAGGCCAGGGUACACGCUGCUGAUUUGGCGCUGGAAGAUAUGGGCAAUUGCUCCAGACGCAUCAACGUGCGCAUCCGCGGCAUACCGGAACGAGCAGGGGAAGGGCCCUUGGCGGACCUCGUGGUGCACAUCUUGCAGCCGUUACUCCCAGGAAUUCCACAGGCUAUGAGUGGAAGCUGGUCACGAAGGUACUCUGAAAUAUGCCUGGGGCUACCCGUUUAA